UGCCUGAGCAGAACUGCGCUACUGAAAAAUGUAGUGGGGGCACAAGCGCUCAAUAUAGGUAUAUUUCAUCAGGAAGAGAUAUCACGUGUAGUUAUUCAUAUUUUAUUCUUAAACAAUAUCAUAUUUUUUUGUGACGGUCCAAAAGAUGUGUUGAAUGUAAUUUGGUCUAUCGAAACGUCUGUUUAAACUUUUGGCAUUAAUACCGAUUACUUUAUUCAUUAUAAGUAUUUUGUUCUUGCAACCAGGGUUAUAAACGGAAUACACCGGCUAUCAAAAUAAUAAUAGAUAAUUUUAUAAGCUACAUGUAUCGUAUUCAGGAACAUAAUAUAGAAUAUAUUAAUUCGUAUAAUAUUAAAUACCAUUUCUUUAAAUAUAUAAAAUGGUUAAUCUGAUUGCCAUCUAAUAGCAAAGGAAUAAAUAUUAUAAAUAUCCAUGAUUCACAGUUGAUUUAGUAACUACUUGUCCUAAGAAAAAGUUAUUGUAUGAUUUAUAUAUUUAUUAUAUAAAUGAUCACAGAGAAUUUAUGCAUUAAGUGUCAUGUCUUUGAGACUCUUUCUUCGAUUUCGGGUACUAAGCAGAAUGAAAUACAACAUAAAUCACACUGCGCUUCGAUACUUUCAUGGAGAACCCAACGAAGCUACACCUGGAGUCUCUGUAAUUCAAGUAAAGAGGACUCUAAAGUCAUUUAAUGUCAAUUUCUUAGAAGGACACGCAUGCAUCAUUACAGCUUGUCCUGUGUGUGAAACCGACAAAAAAAAAGAUUCUAAAGUGUAUAUAAAUAAGACAACAGGGUUUUUUAUGUGUGAAACUUGUAGGCAUUCUGGUCCUUGGAGCACAUUGGAAAAGUUCCUAUUACCAAAGAAAUCCAGUGAAAUUGUCCAAGAACUAAAGGCAUUUAAAGAAGUCUUGCAAGUAAAAGAAGACUUUACGAAAAAAUGGACAAAACUUAAGAAAACUUUGAAAUCAAUUACUGAAUUAUCCGACCAGAAUUACAAGGAUGUACUUAACAUUCAUAGGCUUCCAGAUGUCUCGAAAGAGUCAAUGGAUCAGUUAGAUUGUCUAUAUGACGUAUCAACAAACAAUGUAUAUUUUCCACUUAUAACGUCUUCCGGUAGUAUUGUAGGAUAUAAAUGCCUUUCCAAAGCUUCAAAAAAAGAGAAAACAGAACCAACUUCUGAUACCAGUGGCCUAAUAAUCUACAAACAAAGGAGUACUAAAUGUGAUGGUACGGCAGUAGUUGUUCCCACCAUACAAGAUCUACUUGUACUGAUUUCUCAUAGAUCCGCGAAUGUUGUGAUUUGCCUACCAUAUGGCUUGCAAACUAUACCACAAGAAAUCCUGCCAAGCUUAGAAACAUAUAAAAAGUUAAUACUGUGGUUUGGAAAUGAUGAGCCAAGCUGGGACACUGCAAGACAAUUCGCUAAGAAACUCGACGAACGAAGGUGCCACUUUGUACGACCGAUUAUUCAACAACCAAGCCCAAAAAUCGCAGCUACCAUGAAUUAUGAUCUCAAAGCCAUCCUCCAAAAGGCUACUCCAAUCUGGCACAAAAGUAUCACUACUUUUGAAAGUCUCAGGCAAGACGUGUUGAGCGAUUUGCAAAAUAUAGAUAAAGUUCAAGGAGUCAAAUGGAAAAGGUACCCGACAUUGAAUCGAAUCUUGAAGGGGCACAGAAGAGGAGAAUUCACAGUCCUUACUGGACCAACGGGUUCUGGAAAAACAACAUUCAUGAGCGAAUAUUCGCUCGACCUAGCAAUGCAAGGAGUGAAUACCUUGUGGGGUAGCUUCGAAAUUCGAAACGCACGUUUAGCACGAACAAUGUUACAACAGAUGGUGGGAUUGCCGUUGGAUAACAAUUUACAAAAUUUUGACACAUAUGCAGAUGCUUUUCAAGAGUUGCCAAUUUAUUUUAUGACAUUUCAUGGACAGCAAAGUGUCAAGAUCGUAAUGGAGGCUGUUGAACAUGCAACUUACGUUCACGAUAUUGCUCAUGUAAUAAUUGACAAUGUUCAAUUUAUGAUGGGGAUGUCCGAAGAAUCAAAACACAUUGACAGAUUUUGGAAGCAAGAUGGAAUAGUUGCAGCUUUUCGAACAUUCGCCACGAAGUACAACUGUCACGUUACGCUUGUCAUCCACCCAAGGAAGGAACGUGAUUCCGAGGAAUUGACGACGUCGUCAAUUUUUGGUGGAGCAAAGGCCAGUCAGGAGGCUGACAACAUCCUAAUAAUUCAAGACAAGCGGCUCACUAGUGUUAGAGGAAAAAAGUAUUUACAAGUCGCAAAAAAUCGUUACAGCGGAGAUCUGGGUAUAAUGACAAUGGACUUUGACAAAUCAAGUUUAAGUUACGCACCAAAAAAGAAAUCCAAAUCAGAAAGUGCCAAGGAUGCUGGUGACUCCAAAAAGGAGGAUCCAGAAAACGAAAGCAACUUAUCAAAUCAAAGAAAAAACCAAGAAAUAAAACAUCAAGAACAGUGAUAUGUAGUAAAAAUAUUUUUAAAAUUUUGUAAAAUACAAAAUAAACAAAAAAUACAAUUAUUCUUUAAUCCAUUGUA